UUCAUACCCUUUAUGAUAUUUACAAGUUAUCUUGGGCUAGAAAUUCAGUAGCAAUGAUGGGCAAAGUAUUAAACCAACCAGUGAAUCGUAAUGCACGCUACGAGUGACGGCAAGCAAAGGAACGAAAUUGAUGGCCAUCACCCAUACAAGAGAUUUAUUAUAUUCGUGGCAAGGCUGUUUAACUGCACUAAUGAGUUGUAAAGGGAAGGACACGGCAAUGCUCUGAUUUCUUGAUGGUUCCAAACAUUAUUUGGGGAUGAACCAACUACAAAAGAGGCCGGUUGAGGUAAUAAGAGAUUGGCUUAUUCUUGUCUGCUGAAAAAUUAACUUCUUGGUGCCAAUAUUGAAGAUCUUAAAGGCCAGUGUAAUGAGAGAAGAUCGUUCAUUCCAUUGGAGGGAUCAGAUAUAUUUCAGAUAUGGGGAAAAAAAAUAAAAAGCCCGGGCGUUGCUUUGGCAGCCGGCCCACGAGGGGCAAGCCUGAGCUUCAGACUGCGGAACACCCUGUGGAGGCAGCGCAGGUGUCCAGCAGUUUGGGUUCCCAUGGGGUGUUACAGCUAGGGGAUGACAGUCUGGCUGCAAACAUGAGUGACAUGUCAAUCGGUGCAGGUGCUAUUGGCCCUGUGAGUGAAGGUGGGGCACCAGUGUGCCAGGGUGCCAUUCCGAAGAGGCUUGGGGCCAUUCAUUUGCGUCCAGAGCCCGUAUGCCUCACCUCCGAGCAAGGUGUUCCGAUUACCCUGAAGGCUAAUUACUUCAAGUUGGAGACUGACCAAAAUUGGUACCAAUAUGAUGUGUGUUUUUCACCUGAAGUGGAGAGUGCAGUGGAACGCGAAGGGUUACUGGAUAACGUGAAAGAAUCCAUAGGUGUUUAUGUCUUAGAUGGCACCACGAUGUUUUCUAUUAAUGAUCUUGGCCAGAACGAGAUGAAAUUAUUUUCUACAUGGGAAUCAGAUGAAAUACAAACUCAGAUCAGUUUGCAGUUUGUCAAAAAGCUCGUAGUGGGCGAAGCCUGCUACAUCCAGUUUUUCAACAAACUGAUGCGGCAGGAAAUGAGGUAUCUGCAGCUGCAGCUUGUGGGCCAAAACUUCUGUGAUGAAUCGGACAAGAUUGUUGUGUCAAAUCAUCCAGUGGAGGUUUGGCCCGGUUAUCUGACUUCAGUCCAUCAGCUUAAGGCUGGCAUGCUAAUGAACUGUCUGAUAUCAACCAAGGUAGUGAGGCUAGAUACCGUGCUGGACAUGUUGACCAAGUUAAAGAAAGAUCACUCACAACGGUACGAGGAAUUGUUCAAACAACAAAUAGAAGGAGCUGUUGUCCUGACUAAGUAUGACAAUCAGACAUACUAUGUGGAUUAUGUGAAUUUUGAUCUUACUCCAACUAGCACAUUUGAAUAUCUCGGAGGAGAACAGAUCUCAUACAAAGAUUAUUAUCAAAGUGUGAGUAUAUUUUGGGUUUGCAUGGUUUUUGCAUACCAGAAGACGAUAUCCGAUGACAGACAGCCAUUGCUGGUCGCACAUGCUGGAAAAGGUGAAUGUGUUUGCCUUGUGCCAGAGCUUUGCCGCAUGACUGGUUUUGAUCCUGAGACGAGAGCAAAUGUCGCUGUGAUGAGGGAACUUGAAGAACGUGCACUUCUUGCUCCUCAGGAUAUGAUAGAUAGACUGAACGCUUUCAACAAGCGUCUCCUGGAACACCAAUCUUUUCAGGUGCGUAGAGAUCUGCAAGCAUGGAACGUGAGGCUAGAUGACAAACUGAUUGAAUUCCAAGGUCGUGUUCUUCCAUGGGAUAAGAUACUGCAUGGUCCUCAUCUAGGUCAAGUGGCAGAGCAAUCUGGCUGGAUGACGGAGUUGGGUCGUAAGCUGUGCCAUUCUUUUAUUAUGAAUUUUGACACAGGAAAAAUAAACUUGGCUUGCUGUAUUCUGGAGUGUCGUUGCCAUAAUAACAAUGUUUUUUUCUCAGGUAAACCAAUGUUGGUAACACCUACACUGUCGACCUGGACUGUUAUCGUCCCGGUGACAUACAAAAAGGAUGCUCAAGACUUUGUAACAAAAUUGAUUGAUGCUGCUUGGCGCAUGAGAUUCGACAUUCGGCAACCAUAUUUCAAAUAUGUUUCACAUCAAGUCCCAUCAUUUGAAGAAGCAUUGGAGGAGGUCAAUUUAUGCUUAAAACCACAAAUGAUAAUGUGCAUUGUUCCAGAGCGCGGCAUUAACCAUUACACAGCAAUAAAGAAAAAAUGUUGCUUAGACAGAGCAGUGCCAACUCAAGUUAUUGUGGCAAACAACUUAACUAGAAAAGGUGUACAGUCUAUCGCUACAAGCGUGGCGAUCCAAAUGUGCUGCAAAAUUGGGGGUGUUCCCUGGACUGUUGAAAUUCCUAUCAGUGGAUUGAUGGUGGUGGGCUUCGACGUCUACCACGACACAACCCCCAGAGGAGGGAAUUCGUAUGGAGCCUUUGUGGCUUCAUUGAACAAGACAUUCAGCCAAUAUUUCUCGGCUGUCUCUGCCCACACACCGGGGCAGGAGCUGAGUAAUGAUAUGGCAUCCUAUUUGGGUGACGCCCUUUGUGAAUACAAGAAAUGUAAUGGUGCUCUUCCAGAGCAAAUUGUUAUAUACAGAGAUGGGGUAUUCAGGCACCAAAUCCCUGAAGUGAAGAAUCGUGAGAUUGUCGCCUUGAAGAAGUGCUGGAAGGAUACAUAUGGUGAACAGGAAUGCAGAAUGGCUUUCAUUGUUGUAACCAAGAGGAUAAGGACCAGGUUGUUCCACAACAAUGAAAACCCUCCCCCAGGCACAGUUGCUGAUGACUGCAUUACUACACCAGAAAUAUGUGAUUUCUUCCUCGUACCUCGGUCGGUUUGCCAGGGCACUGUGAGACCUACAGGUUACGGUGUCCUGUUCAAUAAAACAGGUCUGGACAUUGUAAUGCUCCAGAAAAUCACUUACAAGAUGGCUCAUCUGUAUUUCAACCAGAGAGAAACUGUGCGAAUGCCUGCUCCUUGUCUGUAUGCCCACAAGUUGGCAUAUCUGGUGGGCAAGUUCCUUCAUCAGAUUCCAAAUGCAGGGAAGAAAAACAACCUCUAUUUUCUGUAGCACCCAGAAAGAGAUCUGUUACCCACUCAUACAUCAGGAGGAACCCAUGAAAAUUUUAUAAGAGUUUCCUUUCUAGUCAAUAUUUGAUCUCCUUUAUUCCAUUACAUUCAUUUAGUUCACUUACAGCAGAUAAUACAGUCUGUUCAAGAGUUAAUGUUCCUGAUAGAAAUAAGCAAAUAUUUUUUGUAAUUUUAUAAAUUUAUAUUAAACUUGAAGUUUCAUAGGUUUUAAAAGUGCAUUAAGGAAGUCAGAUUUUCCUUUCAUUCAUUUAGUUAGUUAGUUAGUUAGUUCACUUACAGCAGAUAAUACAGUGUGUUCAAAGAGUUAAUGUUCCUGAUAGAAAUAAGCAAAUAUUUUUUGUAAUAUUAUAAAUUUAUAUUAAAUUUGAAGUUUCAUAGGUUUUAAAAGUGCAUUAAGGAAGUCAGAUUUUCCUUUCAUUCAUUUAGUUAGUUAGUUAGUUAGUUCACUUACAGCAGAUAAUACAGUGUGUUCAAAGAGUUAAUGUUCCUGAUAGAAAUAAGCAAAUAUUUUUUGUAAUAUUAUAAAUUUAUAUUAAAUUUGAAGUUUCAUAGGUUUUAAAAGUGCAUUAAGGAAGUCAGAUUUUCCUUUCAUUCAUUUAGUUAGUUAGUUAGUUAGUUCACUUACAGCAGAUAAUACAGUGUGUUCAAAGAGUUAAUGUUCCUGAUAGAAAUAAGCAAAUAUUUUUUGUAAUAUUAUAAAUUUAUAUUAAAUUUGAAGUUUCAUAGGUUUUAAAAGUGCAUUAAGGAAGUCAGAUUUUCCUUUCAUUCAUUUAGUUAGUUAGUU